AGGUUGUGGAUGAGAAAACAGCAGAUCCGGUCGAGAAAAAUCUGAUUCUGAAACUGUUUGUGAAUAUCGGUGUCCUGCUCACUACUUUUAACAUGACAGUUGCUUUCGUGCUCUUUGCCGUUCAGAACCAGCAGUUUAGAGCCAGCUUAAAAAAAGCGUUUGAUUCGAUAUAUCGGAAAUUUUGCGCUUGCAACGUCGAUGCAACGAAAUCACUUCAUAAGCAAGCACAAGAUGGAGCAGGCUCUGAUAACGAAAAGAGACCCAGUAAUGAUAAUCAUGGGAUUGGCAACAUAUCAAUCAACCGAAUGCCGGCGAACCAGAGCAGCGAAUCGAGGGUGCUUCAGAUCCAGUUGCGCAAACUGAUUCAACUAGAACAUGGUUCGCCUAAUGACGCAAUCCAAAUCGAACAAAAGUAAAACAGCAACUGGUACAAUGAGCUCUUUCUAGACGCCCAAGAUUAUAAAUAUUAGAUAAACAGUUUUCAACAGUUGUUGGUUUGUUUAUAUGUCUGUGCAUGAGUGAGUGUGUUAAUAAUCAAUUUCAGCAUUAAGGGAUUAAGAGGAGUUCGACUGCCUGACCACCCAAAGGCUCCCUCCUUUGGUACGUAUUGACACUGCUGUAGGCUGACCUAUCCUUAAAUUUUCAUAGAGGCCCAUCUUGACAAACAAAAUGCAUAUCAUACAAUUCCAUGCUAUCGA